AUGGCGUCCGGACGCAAGGAUUUUCUCAGCCAGCAGGCGCCGGAGAACUAUGUCGCCGGUCUGGGUCGUGGUGCGACUGGCUUCACCACACGCUCCGACUUGGGACCCGCGCGCGAAGGCCCGACACCUGAACAGAUCCAGGCCGCGUUAACGAAACGAGCUGCCGCGCUCGGAGCUGCUGCGCCCACCGCCUACGGUGAUAAGUCUCGCGAGAAAGGAGGCAAAGAAGACAAGGAGGAAGAGGACGAUGAGCGCUUCCAGGAUCCCGACAAUGAGACGGGCCUGUUUGCCUACGGGCAGUUCGACCAGGAAGACGAUGAGGCAGAUCGCAUCUACCAAGAGGUAGACGAGAAGAUGGAUAGGCGCCGAAAAAUUCGAAGGGAAGCUCGAGAGCAACAAGAACGCGAUGACUACGAACGAAAGAACCCCAAGAUUCAACAGCAGUUUGCCGAUUUGAAACGUUCCCUCGCUGCGGUUUCCGAGGACGACUGGGCCAACCUGCCCGAAGUUGGUGACCUGACGGGCAAGAACCGACGAGAGAAGCAGAACAAUCGCCAGAGAUUCUACGCCGUUCCGGAUAGUGUUAUUGCAGGUGCCCGGGACUCGGCACAGUUCGACACAACCGUUGCCGACGACGGCGGUGCAGCCGAAGGAGAUGGCGAUGGCACCAUGACGAACUUUGCGGAUAUCGGUGCGGCGCGUGACAAAGUCCUAAAGGUCAGACUGGACCAAGCUGCGCACGGAUCAACCGCCGAGACCUCGGGGAGUGCCACCAGUAUCGACCCCAAGGGCUAUCUCACCAGUCUGACCCAGUCGGAAGUCAAGGCCGGCGAAGUCGAAGUAGGCGAUAUCAAGCGAGUCCGAGUCUUGCUGGAAUCCGUCACCAAGACCAACCCCAAACACGCCCCGGGAUGGAUUGCUCUUGCGCGUCUUGAGGAGCUUGCAGGUCGAAUUGUUGCAGCCAGAAAUAUUAUCGCUAAAGGGUGUGAGCUUUGCCCAAAGAGCGAGGAUGCAUGGAUGGAAAAUAUUCGUCUAAACGAAGGCCACAAUGCCAAAGUUAUUGCGGCAAACGCCAUUAAGAAUAACGACCGCUCCACAGGACUUUGGAUCGAGGCCAUGAAACUUGAAACAGAUUCCCGGGCCAAGAAGAAUGUGCUCAGACAAGCUAUCUUGCACAUUCCUCAAUCAGUCCAGAUCUGGAAAGAAGCCGUCAACCUGGAGGAGGAUCCCGCAGAUGCACGCCUUUUGCUGGCGAAGGCCGUGGAGAUGAUUCCCUUGUCAGUGGAAUUGUGGUUGGCUCUUGCUCGAUUGGAGACACCCGAAAAUGCCCAGAAGGUCUUGAACGCUGCACGCAAGGCGGUCCCCACUAGUCACGAAAUCUGGAUUGCUGCAGCUCGUCUUCAGGAACAGAUGGGCACCUUUGAAAAGGUUAACGUCAUGAAACGUGCCAUCCAAUCCCUCGCCAGAGAGAAUGCAAUGUUGAAGCGAGAGGAAUGGAUUGAAGAGGCCCAGCGAUGCGAGGAAGAAGGUGCCAUCCUCACCUGCGGUGCUAUCAUUCGUGAGACGCUCGGAUGGGGCCUGGAUGAGGAUGAUGAUCGGAAAGAUAUUUGGAUGGACGAUGCGAAGUCUAGCAUUGCCCGGGGCAAAUACGAGACCGCUCGUGCCAUCUAUGCGUAUGCACUACGUGUCUUUGUCAAUCGUCGGUCUAUUUGGCUCGCUGCGGCUGACUUGGAGCGCAACCAUGGUGACAAAGAAGCUCUCUGGCAGGUUCUUGAGAAAGCCGUUGAAGCAUGCCCGCAGAGCGAGGAGCUUUGGUUGCAGCUAGCUAAGGAGAAGUGGCAGUCUGGAGAAAUUGACGAUGCCCGACGAGUCCUCGGCCGUGCCUUCAACCAGAACCCAAACAACGAAGAUAUCUGGCUUGCUGCAGUCAAGCUUGAGGCAGACGCCAAGCAGACCGACCAAGCGCGAGAGUUACUGGCCACUGCUCGUCGCGAAGCUGGCACGGAUCGCGUGUGGGUCAAGAGUGUUGCUUUCGAGCGGCAAUUAGGCAAUGACGACGACGCAUUGGAUCUCGUCAACCAGGGCCUGCAGCUGUAUCCGAAGGCCGACAAGCUCUGGAUGAUGAAGGGCCAGAUCUACGAGGCUCAAAACAAGUUCCCACUAGCCCGCGAGGCAUACGGAACCGGCACCAGAGCCUGCCCCAAAUCUGUCCCUCUGUGGCUACUGGCCUCUCGAUUGGAAGAGAAGGCAGGUGCCGUCGUUCGUGCACGCUCUGUUCUUGAUCGAGCUCGUCUUGCGGUCCCCAAGAGCGCCGAGCUUUGGACAGAAAGUGUGCGGGUGGAACGUCGUGCGAACAACAUCGCCCAGGCCAAGGUAUUGAUGGCGCGGGCUCUCCAGGAGGCUCCGGCAUCUGGAUUGCUCUGGAGCGAAAGCAUCUGGCACCUCGAGCCGCGGGCACAGCGCAAGGCGCGCAGCUUGGAGGCGAUCAAGAAGGUGGACAACGACCCCAUCCUGUUCAUCACGGUGGCACGGAUAUUCUGGGGCGAGCGUCGACUAGAGAAGGCGAUGACCUGGUUCGAAAAGGCGAUCGUCUCGGAUAGCGACUACGGCGACGGCUGGGCUUGGUAUUACAAGUUCUUGUUGCAACAUGGAACAGAGGACAAACGAUCCGACGUGAUUUCCAAGUGCAUGUCAAUGGAGCCCAAGCACGGCGAGAUCUGGCAGUCUGUGGCCAAGGACCCGGCCAACGCGCACAAGUCGACGGAGGAGAUUUUGAAGAUCGUUGCAAACACCGUUAACUGA